ACACUUUCCUCAUAGAAUGGAGACUUCCGUUAAACGAAACAUUUGAUAAAAGCGGUAACUGCAGAGGCUAAUCUGGGAGGAUUCUUUACGAACAUGCAUUAAGCCCAGUUUUCCAAGAACGAGGCAUAGAUAAGUUCCGCGCUAGUUUCAGGCCGGCGGUACGGAGGGAGAUACAUGUUGUUCGACUCCUACAUGUUGUUGACCCGAGUCAGCAGCCGCUUGUUCUUCAUCGGAGGUUACGUGGGCGAGCGCACAGACAAUGAAGUUCAACUUUUCUGCUGGGACACUGAACAAAAGAUAGAACCUUUUGAGCUAUGUGACAGAGAGGCCGUCAAAAUUGUCAUGGCAAACGUUUAUCGUCUCGAUGACGACCGUAUUAUGACCACGGGAAAAGGCGACAACUAUGACUUCCGAGUUUCGACACCCUGCACUGGAGCGCCGAUGGAACGUUUUUCUACACAACCAGCGAUAACUUCUGGAAACACAAGGCUCCUGACGUCAUCACGUGGACUAUUCACCAUGGAAACCAACCUACAUCGACGCCUGGGGCUAAACGCAGUCUUCCCUUAUAUUCAACCAAAGCCAACCUGCCUCGUCUUACGAUCAACGCUCCUGAAUACGUCUAAACGGGCUACCAACCGGAAGUGGGAGAUCCCGACACGGGCGAUGAGAUAUUUGAUUAUAGAGUCCCAAAGUAAUGACGAAGGCGAUGCGAUGCGGUGCGAAAACAACCAUUACAUUGAACACACUCAGUGUUAGACAUACUUAUUAUUAGCAACUACAUAAUGUUUUCCGCGUUCGGAAUUUAUUUAAUGAUGUCGGAAUACCAUCGAUUCUAAACAAUUUCGUGAUCGACCAUAUCAAUUAUUAUUCAAUCAAUUAGUAUACGAUAUAUUUGAAUUGGUCCUAAUUAACUGUCCGUAAGGAAAAUUUACGAAAACCGAAGACAAGAUGAAUACAUUUGCUUCAAAAUAUACAAGCGAUAAACAUUAACAGCGGCACAUCAGAAACCUCGCCAUGUGAUGGUACAGUGGAUCAGUAUCGGGUUCGAACACCAAACAUCAUGGUUUCCAUGGUUUCCACCUGCAUUUUUCUCAA